UAAUCUCUUUUUCUGAUCAUUUUCAGAUGAAGACGAAGAAAUGCCUCUGGAACCGACAAACGGCACCGGUUCAGUCGCCGGAACCUCAUCAUCCGGAGGUCCUUCAACAUCCUCCAGCAGUGCUGGACAACCAACAAAACAACGGCAAGGUGGCUCCCACAUUCAUCUGUGGCAAUUCCUGAAGGAACUUCUGGCCGCCCCAGAUCAGCACCAGAGCGCCAUCCGCUGGAUCGACCGAACCAAGGGCGUUUUCAAAAUUGAAGAUUCCGUGCGAGUGGCAAGGUUGUGGGGUCGUCGCAAAAAUAGGCCGGCCAUGAACUACGACAAACUUUCCCGAUCGAUUCGGCAAUACUAUAAGAAGGGCAUAAUGCAAAAGACGGAACGAUCCCAGCGGCUUGUUUACCAGUUUUGCCAUCCUUAUUCGCUGUAAAGUUGGGUGUUAUUUCGCGAAGGAAUUGAGUGUUUGUUUUUGCGAGAAAGGUGCGCGCGCGCAUGAAUGAUGUUCUAUAUUAAGGUGAAAUUGUAAUUGUUUACCAGGAAGAAUGAAUAAGCAUGUUAGAUGAAGUAUGGAAUGUCUGCCUGGGGUGGCAAUAUUUAUUCGAACGAAAUUAUACAUUUCAAUGCAUUUUGAUUGGAUUGUAAACAUUUUGUCCGGAAAUUUAUUCUAUCCCAUGCCAGAAGAUAUAAUCUAAGAAUAGGAUUUUAGUCAUUAGGUUCAACACACAGAUAGGGAAUCACUCUUUUGUAUUAUCGCGCUAAAUUCCGUCUGAGCUGCAAGUGGUAUUAACUUGCACCACGGAAGAUAAUAUUAUUAAAAUGAUGUGAUAUGGAAUCAUGUGUACAAACCAUCAACUUCUAGUUAUUGACAAAGCGCUCAACUCCCGGCGACAUUGUUAGUGAAAAUAGCUAGUAGUGAACCAAGACCAGCCUCAGUCAGUACGACGAAGGAUGGCAUCCGGAGAAUCUCAAGCCCCCCCAUUUAACAACCAUCUUUGGAGCUUGGUAGAAUUUCCAGAUCAAACAACGAACUCUUGGCGGAUGCGGGCAAAUUUCUAGUUGCUUCGGGAACUUCUGGCAGCUUUCGGCAAAAGGAAGGUAAUUUCCUACAAAAACCGAUCGCAGCCAACCCGAAAAGCUCCGGCAAGAAGCUCGACUCUUGACCCAGGAAAAUUCAGAACCCCAAUCACUCUCGAAUAGUAGAUACUCAUGUGGAUCUGAACUUUUGCGAGGUUUUUUUUAUACGUUUUGUUUACACUGUGUAUUGCUUACCGAUUGACCCCACCCGGAGCGGAUCCUAACUGGCCGGAAGUGGUUCCAAGUCAUGGCGACCACCCGACAGUGGUAAAUACAGGACUCCGUACCGGUUUUCCGGGCUUUCGGUAAUUUUGGUCCCAUAUAUCUAUGAUAUAUUUUUAUUGUAAGUUCUAUGAACGAUACAAUUAGACGAGUAUAUUUUUCUUCCGGAACGAAAUAAAUAAAGAUUUCUUUCAUUAGUCCCCUAAGAAAACAACCCGAACAAAGCAAAAAAAAGCAAAUUUAUCGUACCCUAGUUUGUAAGAAAAAAAUAUCAAACGUUACAAUGAAAAAAGUGUAACGUCAAAUCAGAUAGGCUACCGUUGCAAUAUAUAGUCGUGUAAUUAGACUCGGAUCCAACCAGUAGAGUUAAUCACAGCCCUGCAGGAUGUGUAACGCGAUCCGCUAGUUAUUUUAAACCUUUUAAAGCUAAGCAAAGCACCAGGUAAAAACCUUUCGAUUAGGAACCCCAGAGCUCACUUUCUCAUCGAAGAGUUUUCGAAUUUGUUUUGACCGACCUUUAUAAUUUUUUUUAAUCGAUAACAAAACGCAAUCAAAUUGUAGUUUUCCUUUCCUCCUUUAUAUAAUUUUUAACUCGUAAGGUGGCAGGGUAGGCUCUAAGUAAACUUAAAGUUUUCGAUCAUGAUGAUAGUCAAACUUACCUAGAAUACACACACAACACACCCUUUAAUGAUUUUCAACCUUAACUUUAGAAAAAAAAAUCGCUAGGCUCUAAGCUGAAUAGACUUGUGAAGUAAGGAAAAAAACCAAGAUUAUUGUAGAACUAUACAAAAUUAACAACUUAUUGUGAUCUAAGUGCCUUAAACGAUAUUGGAUUCGAAGCCCAUUUUUGUGUUUUCCCCCACGUUCUAUGUAAUAGAAGCAAAAAACCCUGUACUUCGUAAGCUUUUCUAUAUGGCAGACUAACCCCUCGAUUAUAAGUCUUUUCUUGCUGUUUUACCAAUUUAUCUGUAACUUAUUGUAUGUAUGUGUAUAUCCAAGUAAUAUCUGUAAAUUUAGCGAUCGUAUUUUCUGUACAUAACUUAUUUUGUUGAA